UCUUCCUGGUGAGCGGAUCGCAAUACCCCCGCGCGACACCUUCGGGCGAUCCCAACCGCCAUGCAAUUGAUAACGUGUGACUUCAUUUCCGGCUGCUUCGGAGGUGGCUGCGGCGUACUGCUCGGACAUCCGCUGGAUACGAUCAAAACUUGGCAGCAGUUCUCCAACCUCCGCAUCCGAACCUCCAUGUACAAGAUUGUUACGUGUCACAUCGGGAUAAGAGGCUUCUACCGAGGGAUGUUCUUUCCACUAAUAACAAGCGGUGCCCUCAAUUCCGUCGUCUUCGCCGUCUAUGGCCAGCACUUGAGAAACCUGCAAGGAUUGUGCAAAUCGAGGAGCAUGCGUGAGCGGGAGUGGCGAGCGCACGUCAUGUUUGCCGGAUCGGUGGCCGGUGCGACACAGGUCAUGUUUGGCUGUCCCGUCGAGAUUGUAAAAGUGAGGCUACAAACGUUGCAGUACGUCGGUCAUCCGUGGCUCUGCCUGCGGGACAUAAUCGUCCGCGAGGGCAUCUGGGGCUUGUACCGCGGAAUAACCCCCAUGAUGUGGCGGGACGUGCUCCCGUACGGCGUUUACAUGCUCGUGUACGAGUACAUGAUUGCGAUUGAGAAACGGUUGCACCAUAUACGGCAGGACCAGAAGGCCGGAACCAUCGGGAGCCCGUACGAGGCAUCGUUGGUUGCGACGGCCGGAGCGUUGGCGGGAGUGGUUUCGUGGAUGUUUAUUGUGCCCUUUGACGUGGUCAAGACGGUCAUGCAGUCGGAAACGGACCCCACGGUGCACAAGAGCAUGAUGCACUGCUUUCGGAUGUUGGUGAGGCGGUACGGCUGGCGGUCACUGUUCCGGGGCAGCAUCAUGAUCAUCGCUCGAGCGGCACCGGUCAACUCGGCCACCUUCCUGGGCUACGAGUGGUGCCUGGGGAAGUGUCACCAGUACUUUACAAUUGAUAGAACGUAA